GGGGGCGUGGCUACGAAAGCGUCGCUAACCACCCAGCCAUCAUGCUAGCUGCAGAAGUCCCGUGUUACUAGCUUUACUAACUCAUGCAAUGACAACCUGGGCGCUUUUUCUCUGAUUGUAGUAUCGUUUUUUCUUCAUGGACACUUGGAUCUAAAAUGGAAACAACAACUUGUGCGUGAAGGUCGCGGUUUUCUUCACCAGGAGGAGAUCCUACAGGGCAGCUGUCUCCGUUAACUAGCCAGCGAGCUAGCGCGGCUAACGUUAACCGGAGCGCCCUCACACUGGCUGCCAUCACCUCCAGCACCACAGACACCAAGCCACAGGUCGGCGUUUCGACGUUGGGAAUUACUACCACCAUCAUGGAGAAGGCAGACUUCUUGAAAGGACUCCCUGUCUACAAUAAGAGCAACUUCAGCAGGUUUCAUGCGGACUCUGUAUGUAAAGCGUCUAAUCGGAGGCCCUCUGUGUAUCUUCCAACACGUGAAUACCCCUCUGAACAGAUUAUUGUAACAGAGAAAACCAACAUCCUCCUGCGUUACCUCCAUCAGCAGUGGGACAAAAAGAAUGCAGCAAAGAAAAGGGAACAGGAACAAGGUGAGGGUGACAGUCCAGCACCCCCAAGGAAGAUCGCCAGGACAGAUAGCCAAGAGAUGAAUGAGGACUCAUAAGUGUGUGUGUGUGUGUGUGUGUGUGUGUGUGUGUGUGUGUGUGUGUGUGUGUUCGGAUGUGUGUGUUUGCAUAUACAGGGUAUAGCCAAUAUAAACUACUCAAAACAAAGGAAAAACCCAUGUGUCCCACAGGUUUUCUGGCUGUUCUGCACUAUAGCAGGAUGCCUUUCCUGGCAUGAAAAUCGGAGUCAUCCAUAGAGAAUUAGGGAAAUUCCUGUCAACAAAGCAGCCUUUUUAUGGUGAUGAGAUUAUGUGCGUGACAAUUAUGUAACUAGAAAAUAUGUCAAAGUUACUGUUAGUCAUUGACACUGACAGAACAGAGCCAUUGUCAGGGAGGGAACUUUACACUGUUUGUUUGUUUUUAUUUAUGUUGGCUAUUCUCCGUAUAGGUUUGUGAACACUUAUAUGUGUGUAUGCAUGCUGAGCUGUGAGUGUGUAUUGUGUGUUGUACUGUACUGUAUGUGUGUGGUGAAUGAUUAGCUGAAAACAUGUCAGAGUAGAUUCAAGAUCAGAGAUGGACUUGACAGAUAAAGUCAGACACUACCCUUAAAAACAGUCUCAUUACUGGUACAUGAAUUGUGUAGCCUUCUGUCACCUGGAGAGACUGUCCUGAUUUGUGCAAAGAUAACUUUUUGUUACUGUUUUAAUUUUAUUGUUACUAUUAUUGUUCAUGUAUGGCAAUGAGCUUCCUGCCAGCCACAGUGCCCACCCUCAAUUUCACUGCCCACUCUGCAACCACACGGGGGCAUUGCGACGUUUCUCCACACUGUUUUGACUCAACAGAACCAAGAAUGCACUGUGAAGAACAGCACAAAGUAGAAGCAACUCUUCCAGAAUUCCCCUUAGAUGUGUGUUUAUGGUGAAUAUGCAUAUCUUCAUUCUAUUCUGGGACUUGUGCUUGUAGGAUAAAUGUUGUUUUGGUGUUUCUGAGAAAUAUUUUUUACAUCUAGCACCACCCUCUGGCUAAUCAACGCUAGUGAAAGUGGGAUUUACUCUUUUUGUUUGAGUUUUUGCUGUUCUUUCAUCAAAGGAAGUAAAAAGAAGAAAAAAGUUGCGUUUAAAUAAGGAGAUGUAAUUUUCAGUUGCACAACAAGGUAACAGCACAGAUGGUGACAAAAAAUUGUGUAUAGUAAUGUCUGGAAAAGGGAAAAAGAAUACAUUAUUAUGUGUGUAAAUAAUUGCCAGUACCAGAAUUAGUUUAUCAAAUGGAGUAUCUUUGUGUCUGCCUUUUUGUAGAAUAAUACAUGCCCAUGGAUACGAUAGAAAAUGACCCUUGUGAAAGUACAGCAAAGAGCCCCGGUGCCCAGUGGAUGCUACCUUGCCUUGCAUGUUAACGGCUGGGUAUUAUAUUCCUGAAGCGGUAAUAAAUCUUAAGGGGUGUCGCGGGUUGUGGUGUUUAUUUUGUGUGACUGUGGAAGGUAUUAGCCUAUAGGCCUUACAAAAUGUCAUCAUGGUUUGGACCCUUUUGCUUCCCCGGCUCAGGGCCCGGGAUAACUACUGUUUGCCCUGUCUUUGUGACAGACCUGGAUGGUUUUUGUCAGAGAGCUGGCUUAGGGGGGCUUUAAAGGGGUGUUUUAUUCUCAGCCAUAGAAUGCACAAUAAGCAUGCACAGCAAAGUGCAGUCGCCAUCCUGCCUUGUUCCUGAGAUUCAGUUUGUAUCGGCGUCCAAUACUGUACAACACUGAAUAAAGCUUUUUUUUUUUUUUUUAAGUAUUCUUAUCACUGCCCAGCAGAUUCAUAUCGAAGCCUCCUGUCCUUCUUGUCCUUUUUUCAGUCGAUGCUGCAAUGUGGGUUGACAGUGUGGUCAAUCAUCUCCCUACCUACAGUGUAAAUACUGUCUGUUUCUGAAGUGUAAACAUUAUGCUUCUGCUCAAAUAGACUGUUCUACAACACCCUAAGCCUUGUCCCAUCACGUGUGUUAGGUCAGAUAUGUUCUUUUUAGCUUUGCUGAAAUAAAACUGGAUUGAAACUGG